UCCUGCGCGGGAUUUUCAAACCCCGCCCGUUGCCCAAUGGGAGCCGUCUCUUCGCGCUGGCCAAUCACAGCGCGCUGACGGCCAUAAAUAGCGGCCCCGCAGAUACCCCUCGGUCAGUCCCUUCGUUCCGGCGUUGCUGUUCUUUCUGGGAGAUGGCGCGUACGAAGCAGACGGCGCGUAAGUCGACGGGCGGCAAGGCGCCCCGCAAGCAGCUGGCCACCAAGGCGGCCCGCAAGAGCGCGCCGGCCACGGGCGGCGUCAAGAAGCCGCACCGCUACCGGCCCGGCACGGUGGCGCUGCGCGAGAUCCGGCGCUACCAGAAGUCCACGGAGCUGCUGAUCCGCAAGCUGCCCUUCCAGCGCCUGGUGCGCGAGAUCGCGCAGGACUUCAAGACCGACCUGCGCUUCCAGAGCUCGGCCGUGAUGGCGCUGCAGGAGGCCAGCGAGGCCUACCUGGUGGGGCUCUUCGAGGACACCAACCUGUGCGCCAUCCACGCCAAGCGCGUCACCAUCAUGCCCAAGGACAUCCAGCUGGCCCGCCGCAUCCGCGGCGAGCGUGCAUAAGCUCGUUGGCAAACGGAAGAUUCAGACCAUCGAAAACCCAAAGGCUCUUUUAAGAGCCACCACAAUAUCACAAAAGAGCUGUUAAUUUCUAGUCGUGUUGGAGAUGAUGUUUUUCGGGGGGGCUUUAUGUUAGCGAGAUCUUACGUCUCAGGAGAGCCUGAGAUAAAAGAAUGCUGCCAAGUCAAAACUGGAUGUGAGCAAGACCACUGUGCUGGGCAGCUGAGGAUCAACUUGAGCGUUGCUGUUGGUAAUCACGGUGCUUUUGCAGGUGAUUUUUAGAUGCUCAGCAAGAUAUUUGUCUAGGACUGGUCCUGGCUCUUUAACUAUCCUCCUUGGAUGAACCGGCUCAAAUUAAAAUCAUUGCUUGGAA